UCUUAGUUUUAACGAUUUUUAAAAAUUGUCUAUGCUCAUAAUGUACAAUGUUAUUACUUCAGCACUAAUCAAUUUGUCUUUUUAGCGUCACCUUUCAGACAAAAUACGAUCUUGAUGUAGAUAGGUUACGUAUUUAUGCCAAAAACAUAAAUGAAACCGCAAAAAAUCUCCACAAAGAGCAGAAAAACAUCUGGAGAAUGAUGUCACGGAGUAAAGAAAGCAAACAAUUUCCAAAAUACAUUGAAAUAUAUGAGGAAAGUCUGCGUGAAAUUAGAGAAGAUCUGAAGAGGAUAGGUUCUAUUUUAAAUGAAGACAAUGAUGAUACAAGCUUAAACAGUAGAAAGCAACAUGACAGAUCAACAUCAUUAAAUGUGCCGAAAAAGAAGAACAGUAAAGCUCUUUCAGAAACAUUCACGACCGGCGGGGCAACAGAAUGUUUUCGAUGUCUCUCUAAAGACAAGACAAUCCAAGACCUUGAAGUGAAUUUAAAAAUAAUCGAACGGAGCUCUGAACAGAACAUAAUGCAACUCACUGAAUCGCUGGACGAUCUUCAAAGACGUUAUGACAAACUGGAACGAAGUUUCAACGAAGAAGUACGUGUAAAAGAUAAUUCACUGCAAAGGUUUAGUAAAGAGGCGUCAUCUAAAUUAUGUGAUAAUAAACCGAUCAUCACUGAUCUCAGUGACCCGACCAGACCUACAAGAGUAGCUGAGAAAUUGUCUGAGCUGUAUGACAACCAAUGGACAGAUGCGUUUGACAUUUUAGAAGAGCAAAUGGAAGAGAAACAAGUGAUUCAUACAUUAUUAAACACUUUAAUGACUACAUAUGAUACUUGUCAGAAACUAUCGAGCAGAAAUUUCUUCGAAAGGGUCCAAAAAGCUAUUGAGCUCCCAACAGAGGUUGCUGAAAUUUCGAAAAACAAAGUUGUUUUAUCCGACCAGUUAAAACAAGAAAUAAAAGAGUUCAGGAAGAACCGUGCCCCAUUUGUUAUACGCGAUGUUGAAAAGGCUGUACGACCAAGACUGCAGCUAGCCAAUCAUCGAUCAAAAGUUGUGCAAGAAUAUGUUACAGCAUGCGUAGAGAUUGCAUGGUUGUGCGCUGUGCAAGAUCCUCCACUGGAGUUGGAUGCAAAAUUUACAAACAUAUUUAAUACUAACAUAUUCAAAGAUUAUACAAAACGUGGAGAAUUUGUUGACUUCGUUGUAUGGCCAGCAAUGUUGCUUCAUAAGGGCGGUCCUCUUCUUUCCAAAGGUGUUGCGCAAGGGAGAUGUGAUUAUUCAGACUCCGACGAGAACCCUUGAUAUGCCUGAUUUAGAAAAGAAAAGGUGGGUUCAAUAUCCAAACAGGCACAUACACUGACAAACAUUUCUUUAACCAACAAGGAGAGGGAUACCACUAUCGUGACCAUUUAUCCUGUCCGGGACAGGACAAUCUAAAACUAUGUAUAUGUCGUCAAGAACAAAUGCAGCAAUUGAGUAUAGCCACAAACAAAUCCCACUCAUUCCACAAACAUUUCACACUUGUCUUAAAAAUAUAGGAAAUUCUGGCAUGCAUGUCAAUUGUAAAAAUAAAAAGAAUAUAAACGGAUGCAGCUUUCUUAUCGUAUAAAAAGUGUAACUAUCAGUC